AUGGGAACACAGAACAAUGUCCAAAACGCCGUCGUAAAGGAUCGGGUGAAGGGAUCAUGGACCCCACAAGAGGAUGCAACGUUGGUGAAGCUAGUGGACCAGCAUGGGCCGAGAAACUGGACUUUGAUAAGCGCAGGGAUUCCAGGGAGGUCAGGGAAAUCUUGUAGGUUAAGAUGGUGUAAUCAGCUGAGCCCAGAUGUACAACACAGGCCUUUUAGCCCAACGGAGGACGAGACUAUUGUUCAGGCCCAUAAGGUCCAUGGCAAUAAGUGGGCCACCAUUGCGAGGCUUCUUCCUGGAAGGACUGAUAAUGCAAUCAAGAAUCAUUGGAAUAGCACGCUGAGGAGGAAACGGGACCCACAAGUGGUGGUCGAGUCAGGUGAGUGGAAACGGCAGCGAGUUGAGGCGGUGGUGUCGGCUGAGUCGGAUUCAGGGAUUGUUAAAAAGGAGGUGAGUUCGGGUGUGGUGUCGGAGCAGGAGGAGAAUGGUGGGGUUGAGGGAUCAGACGGUGUGGAAACGGUUUUGACGCUUUUGCCACCUGGCGGGAGUUUGAUGGUGACACGUGGAGAAGACAAAGAAGGUGAAGAGGAAGAUCAGGUGUGGAAGGGUGUAGGAAAGAGUCAAGGUGACAGUGAAAAAGGGAAUAAUGAGAUGAAAACUUGGAUUACUGUGAUGCAAAGUAUGAUAGCUGAGGAGGUUAAGAAUUACAUGGAUCGGCUUGUUCUACAGCCCAAAAAUAGGGAUGGGCCUGAAUCAGAUUCUCAAGCCCAUCGUGAUUAG